GCAUUAUUUUGAGAAAUUUCCCAUUGUGUAUUAUCAUCUUCUGAAUAUAUUUUUUAAUCUUCCAACAGUAACCUCCAUGUAAUUUCCGUUUCGACUAUCACAAUAUAAACACUAAUGGCUUCAGUUUCUACUUCUCCCCUCUUUAAAGCUAGUUCUAACCUCCUCAUUCAAGCUCUUGUGCAUUCAAUAUUUCCAUUCUCACUUUAACUUUUUCACUACAUUUUUGCCGGUCAAAUGUUGUUUUCUCCAGCCAAUUAAGACAAAGUUAUUGAUAAGUAACACAAUUACUAUACAUUAUUGUUAUUAAUAAGGUGACGGUGUGAAAUAUUCACUCUAUAUAUCUCCUUCACGAGUCACAAACCUAGCUAGCUAAUUAAGCUAAAGGGGCAACAUAUAAAAACUAUGGGUGAAGAAAAACACUAUUGUGAUUAUUGUUAUUUUUAUUUCUCAAGGAAUUUUGUUUUCCUUGUCUCUGCUUUAAUGUUGCUAUUUCCCUGUGAUGCUUUGGAAUUUGAUGUCGGUGGCUCCGACGGGUGGGUUUUAAACCCAUCUGAAAGUUAUGACCAUUGGGCUAAUCGUAUGAGAUUUCAAGUUAAUGACUCUCUAGUAUUCAGGUAUGAUGAAGGACAGGAUACUGUAUUGGAGGUGAAAGGGCAGGAUGAUUAUGAAAAAUGUAAUACCCAAAACCCCAUCAAAAAAAUGGACGAUGGAAAUUCAGUUUUCAAGUUGGACAGAUCAGGUCCUUUUUACUUCAUUUCUGGGAAUCAAGAAUGUUGCCUCAAAGGACAAAAAGUUACUGUUGUUGUUCUCACCACGAGAAACGAAAACAGUACCCUGCCACCCAAGGGCUGUCCUUCGCCACCAUCCGACCAGCAACCUUCCUUGGCUGCACCCCCUAAAGCUAAUGAUCCUCUAGUUUCUCCGCCUGAUGUGUCCUCUGCACCUUCAUCCAAUGCUACCACACAACAAGGUUGCUUGAACACUCCGCCUGCUGACUAUGACCCGCCAGUGGCAGAGCCUGAGGAUAGGCCCUUAGAAGGCUUUGAUCCUCCACCAGUAACAGAAUCACCAAUUCCGGGGAAGGACUGUGAUGCUUCAAUCAUCAGAAGUGAUCCAGUGAAUGUUAAUAAACCACCACAAUGGAAAUCAGCAGCACCUGCCGCAACCCAUCUUUCAAGUGUCUUGAUUGCAGCAGUCAUGGUUAUUAUAAGUGCUACCUUCGGAGGAUUUCUCAUUUUUUAAGUAAUAUACCCA